UCCGGAGCGCCUGCCUCCAUCGGAGCUCGCUUUAGCGAGGUGGUUUCUCCUCGUGUGGGCUGUUGGAGCACACCGCAUUUCAGUUGUUUGAUCCUCCCAUCCUCCUGGCCCGACACCAUGGGAGUGACUUGUGUGUCUCAGAUGCCCGUGGCCGAGGGCAAGAGCGUCCAGCAGACUGUGGAGCUCCUCACCCGGAAAUUGGAGAUGCUUGGAGCAGAGAAGCAAGGAACAUUUUGUGUGGACUGUGAGACCUAUCACACAGCUGCCUCUACCCUGGGCAGCCAAGGUCAGGCCGGGAAGCUGAUGUAUGUGAUGCACAAUUCUGAGUACCCUUUGAGCUGCUUCGCCCUCUUUGAGAAUGGCCCUUGCCUUGUUGCCGACACCAACUUUGACGUGCUCAUGGUGAAACUCAAGGGCUUUUUCCAGAGCGCCAAGGCCAGCAAGAUCGAGACCCGGGGCACCCGUUACCAGUACUGUGACUUCCUAGUGAAGGUGGGCACGGUCACAAUGGGGCCUAGUGCCCGAGGCAUCUCUGUGGAGGUGGAGUAUGGCCCCUGUGUGGUAGCUAGCGACUGCUGGAGCUUGUUGUUGGAGUUCCUGCAGAGCUUUCUAGGCAGCCACACCCCAGGGGCACCCGCAGUGUUUGGGAACAGACAUGACGCUGUCUACAGCCCAGCAGACACCAUGGUCCAGUACAUGGAACUCUUCAACAAGAUCCGCAAGCAGCAGCAGCUGUUUCAGCCCCUGCCUUGCUGGGCUUGGCCUGUCCUCAGGAAAGUGAUUACCCAGAGCAGAGACGUCUGGAGCUCUCCUGCUUUAGGGGAAAAGGUCAGAUGGGGGUGUCCUUGCUGAGUGUCGGUGGAAAGGCAGUCUGUGUUACCAGCUCCUGAGGAUUUGGUCCAGCCACACAGUGGACAGGCUAUGUGUUGCAUUGGGGCUUCACUCAGAGGAUGUGGCUGGGCCUUUCCUGGGAAAGAAGCAGGAGGCCAAGCUUAUUUGAUGGCUGUCGUUUUCUGACCUGUUUGCUGAGGUAAAUCGUGAGAUCAGUUUUCUAGGGUGUUGCCUGAGUCCUUUGAAGUCUCCCCUCUGGCCAUCUUUCCAUUCUGUAGUGAAUGAUAUUAAAGCACAGGCUGAGUGGCUAUAAGGAGAAGCUAAAGUACAGAGGCUGAUAGUUUAUUUUUCUCUUCUCUAAUAGUACAGAGGUAAUCACAUAGCCCAGGGCAGCCUUAACUCCACAAGGUCGUCAGGAACUUGGUUUCCUUUGAGCUUGUUGUCCAGCCACCCCUGGGGUGUUGUUCUUGGGCAACUCAGAGCAUCAUCAACUACAUGCCUAGUUCCCCUGGGGUAAGAGAGAGAGGACAGUUUUCUUUUCUAAAGGCCAUGCCCUGGAGUUGCUCCAGUCACUCUGGCUACACCUGGCUGAGAGGAGCUCAGGGAUAGAGAGCCUCUUAUUUGGGUGGUCAUGUGCCCAGUUAAAAUGCCAGGGGUUCUGCGACCAAAAGGUGAAGGAGAAAAUGGAUGUGGGGGCCCAGUUAGUAGCCUCUGCCCCAGGGAGCUCAAUGGACAUGCCCAAGACUAUUCUUGCUAUUUUGCAAAGAGCACCCCUGUAAGUAAGCUAUUUGUUUCUGAGUUGGAUUGGGAUGGGGCUGAUAUCAGAGCCACUUUAGCUGGAUUAUUCACAUGGGGACGUCACUUCUGCACCCCUUGAGUCAGUCUCCGCAUCAAGACCUCUCCAGUGCUCGAGUGCCCAGAGCUCGGGGUUAAACAGUUGACCUGAGCCCCACACUGCGCUUCAGGGUGUCCUGAACUCUUAACUCCUCAUCUCAUGGGAGCCUCCAAGCUGCUCAUUUGACCUCCAUCGCCUGCCCCUGCCCUCCUGCUUCAGAGAUGCUCAGUCCAGCUAACCCUGAGGUCACAGUCAGAGCUGGUCUUAAGAAGCAAGUUCAUGUAUGUACUGUGGGUUGUCCUAGGAUCUGUCUCAUCGAAAACCCAGGAAGAGGAACCGUUUUCAGAUCUAAGUGCUCAGAUCUAAGGCUCUGUAACAAGAAUCAGGUGGUGGUCACAUUUCCCUCUUAACUUUGGCUGGCAAGAAGCGCAGUUCAGCUUUCUAACUGGAGAAUCUGUCAUCCGUGUUUUCUGUUCUCACCUUCCCCUGGCUUCGUUUGUUUCUUCGGGUUUUUUUUUUCU